AUGAAGAAGGCUACUAAAGCAAAUAAUAUUUCUUUGUUAUACAUAUUCUUGUACUCGUUUUUAAUUGUUCAAACAUUUUCUUUGAAUGAUGAAAUAAUAUCUUCCAAGUUUGUAAACGAUUUCUUAGGCUCUAAGAAAGGCGACGAAGUAAAGGGGCUAGUUCAAAUCAAGCAAUACCUUAUCAAGUACGGUUAUCUCAACCCUUCCAUUAAUGUCGACGAAUUUGAAGUUCUAGACCAUUCCGUGGAAGAAGCUAUAAAGAAAUUUCAACUCUUCUACCAUCUCGAUGUUUCAGGUGCGUUAGACGAGAAGACAUUGUCAUUGAUGUCAAAGCCUCGAUGCGGUUGCCCUGAUUUGGUCAAUGGUACUAUGGUCAAGCAUGGGAUGAAAAUGGUUCAAGACCAAUUAAAGGGUUCAUACUACGUGACCGAUACAAAGUGGCCAAAGCUCAACCUAUCUUGGGCCAUCAAGCCAGGAACUCGAGGGGACGCUUAUAAACCUAUUAAUUGGGCAAUUAGGAGAUGGACCCCUUUUGAUGGUCCCGGAAGGAUUUUAGCUCACGCUGGGAUGCCACCUGAUGGCGGGGUCCAUUUCGAUGCAGACGAGAAAUGGGUGAUUGGGGUAGUUCCCACGGGAGUUGACAUGGAGACCGUCGCGCUACAUGAGUUAGGGCACGCUCUUGGACUUGGACAUAGCGCCGUUAAAGAAGCCAUUAUGUGGCCAUAUAUUGGACAUGGCGAAGUCAAACGCUUGCAUGUUGACGACAUUGCGGGAAUCAAGGCCUUGUACCAUUUUUAG